AGCAAGUUAUUGCCAACAAGAUAGUGGAAAUACUGCAGAGGCACCGAUAAACAGAAAUCACCAAGCUCAAGAGAAACUGGGCAUAUGUCCAGAGAGAUCACGUUAGGGUACACCAAGAAAGAGACGGUUCAAGAGAAUUACCAGGAGGCGAUGAGCCAGAGUGGAUCAUGACCCAUGAGGAGCACCAUGCAGCCAAAACCCUGGGGGUCGGCAAAGCCAUCGCCGUGUUAACCUCUGGUGGUGAUGCCCAAGGUAUGAAUGCUGCUGUCAGGGCUGUGGUUCGAGUUGGAAUCUAUACUGGUGCCCGUGUCUUCUUUGUCCAUGAGGGUUAUCAAGGCCUGGUGGACGGUGGAGAUAACAUCAGGGAAGCCACCUGGGAGAGCGUUUCAAUGAUGCUUCAGCUGGGAGGCACAGUGAUUGGAAGCGCCCGGUGCAAGGACUUUCGGGAGCGAGAGGGACGGCUCCGAGCUGCCCACAACCUGGUGAAGCGUGGGAUUACCAACCUGUGUGUCAUCGGGGGUGACGGUAGCCUCACUGGGGCCGACACCUUCCGCUCUGAGUGGAGCGACUUGUUGAAUGACCUCCAGAAAGCAGGUAAGAUCACAGCAGAGGAGGCCGCGAAAUCCAGCUACCUGAACAUUGUGGGCUUGGUUGGCUCAAUUGACAACGACUUCUGCGGCACCGAUAUGACCAUUGGCACUGACUCUGCCCUGCACCGGAUCAUAGAGAUCGUAGACGCCAUCACUACUACCGCUCAGAGCCACCAGAGGACGUUUGUGCUAGAAGUGAUGGGCCGGCACUGUGGAUACCUGGCCCUUGUCACCUCUCUCUCCUGUGGGGCCGACUGGGUUUUUAUUCCCGAGUGUCCACCAGAUGAUGACUGGGAGGAACACCUUUGCCGCCGGCUCAGCGAGACAAGGAACCGUGGUUCUCGUCUCAACAUCAUCAUUGUGGCUGAGGGUGCGAUCGACAAAAAUGGCAAACCAAUCACGUCAGAAGAAAUAAAAAACCUGGUGGUAAAGCGUCUGGGAUAUGACACCCGGGUCACUGUCUUGGGACAUGUGCAGCGAGGUGGGACACCGUCAGCCUUUGACAGAAUCCUGGGCAGCAGGAUGGGUGUGGAAGCAGUGAUGGCACUUUUGGAGGGGACCCCGGACACCCCAGCCUGUGUGGUGAGCCUCUCUGGUAACCAGGCUGUGCGCCUGCCCCUCAUGGAGUGUGUCCAGGUGACCAAAGAUGUGACCAAGGCCAUGAAUGAGAGGCGAUUUGAUGAAGCCAUGAAGCUGAGAGGCCGGAGCUUCAUGAACAACUGGGAGGUAUACAAGAUUCUGGCUCAUGUCAGACCCCCACUGUCCAAGAGUGGCUCACACACAGUGGCUGUGAUGAAUGUGGGGGCCCCAGCUGCAGGCAUGAAUGCCGCCGUCCGCUCCACUGUGAGAAUUGGCCUGAUCCAGGGCAACCGAGUGCUGGUUGUGCAUGAUGGCUUCGAGGGCCUGGCCAAGGGUCAGAUCGAGGAAGCUGGCUGGAGCUACGUUGGAGGCUGGACUGGCCAAGGUGGUUCUAAACUUGGGACUAAAAGGACUUUACCCAAGAAGAGCCUCGAACAGAUCAGUGCCAACAUCACCAAGUUUAACAUCCAGGGCCUUGUCAUCAUUGGGGGCUUUGAGGCUUACACGGGGGGCCUGGAGCUGAUGGAGGGCAGGAAGCUGUAUGACGAGCUCUGCAUCCCAUUCGUGGUCAUUCCUGCUACGGUCUCCAACAACGUGCCCGGCUCAGACUUCAGCGUGGGGGCCGACACAGCCCUCAACACCAUCUGCAUGACCUGUGACCGCAUCAAGCAGUCAGCAGCAGGCACCAAGCGCCGGGUGUUUAUCAUCGAGACCAUGGGCGGCUACUGUGGCUACCUGGCCACCAUGGCUGGACUGGCAGCCGGGGCCGAUGCUGCCUAUAUUUUUGAGGAUCCCUUCACCAUUAGAGACCUGCAGGCAAAUGUUGAACAUCUGGUGCAAAAGAUGAAAACAACUGUGAAGAGGGGCUUGGUGUUAAGGAACGAGAAGUGCAAUGACAACUAUACCACUGACUUCAUCUUCAACCUGUACUCAGAGGAGGGGAAGGGCAUCUUCGACAGCAGGAAGAACGUGCUUGGCCAUAUGCAGCAGGGUGGGAGCCCAACUCCAUUUGACAGGAAUUUUGCCACUAAGAUGGGUGCAAAGGCUAUGAACUGGAUGUCUGGGAAGAUCAAAGAGAGUUACCGUAAUGGGCGGAUCUUUGCUAAUACUCCAGACUCAGGUUGUGUUCUGGGGAUGCGCAAGAGAGCACUGAUCUUUCAACCAGUGACUGAGCUGAUGGAACAGACAGAUUUUGAGCACCGCAUCCCCAAGGAACAAUGGUGGCUGAAGCUGAGGCCCAUCCUCAAAAUCCUAGCCAAGUAUGAGAUUGACUUGGACACCUCAGAGCAUGCCCACCUGGAGCACAUCAGCCGGAAGCGGUCUGGAGAAGCUGCCGUCUAAACCUCUUUGCAGUGAGGGGAACAGAUGGUCUGAUCAUGGUCAGCUCACCCCCGAUAGAUCCAAGUUCACAUCGUCUCAAGUGUUUCAGCUCAUUUUUCAUUAGGUUUCCUUUUAUUCUGUAACUGCAGCCGUGGUCAGCUCUGGCCGGGGAGCUGGGGCAGGGGGCAAUGAGUAGAAGCUCCUUUUAGGUAGAAUUUAUCAUGACUUCUACCCCAGCUUCAUCUGUCACACAAGGCUGGGCUCCUCCCCUAGUGCUACUGCUAGAUUUCAGUUACUCGGUUAGAAUUUUCCUAAAAAUAAGCUUUAUUUAUUUCUUUGUGAUGACAGAGUCUUGGUUCCUCUACUACUUUUACUACAGUGACAAUAACUACACUAAUAAAUGCCAACUGGUCGCUGUGCUUUCGGUUCUCCUGUUAUCACCUCCACAAGUGCAUUCCUGUCAGCCCCAAGCCAGACUCUGCCCAGACACCUGGGAAAAUGCAGCCCAUGUGACAAGCCCAUGUACUUCUCGCUCAUCUUGGACAUCUCUUGACUCUGUACACAAGGUCUGAGAACAUAGUGGACUGGUCCUUACCCUCAUCCCACAGCUAGUCCCUCCUGCAUCCUCUGCAAUCAGCAGGACGCUCCAGUCUCCCUUAAGCAUAAAGUUGCGUUUCAUUUCUUGAUCAUAAACCAUUAUCCAGGGUUGCUUUUUCCCAGCCAUCCUACAGUCUCUGCUCCUCUCCUCUGACAACACAGGGUUCUUCCUUCUCAGCUUUUCCUCUGUACUCCUUUCUGGAUGAAAACCAGACUCCAUUUGUUUGGAGACAUGUACAUUUUGAAAGCCUGGGAAACAGACAACCAGUCCUGGACCUAGUUUGGUGGGUUGAUUGAAAUACUGCUUUGGAAAAUUGUCGGUUCUCAUUCAGCUCAGUUUGUUUGCUAUUCUGUCACACCGGCUUCUUCCUCCUCAUCAGCCAAGUAUCCAAGCAGUGCAGUUGGUCUUCAGGAUUGGGACUAUAGACUGUGUCCCCAGUUGACAGGAUGCUACCUGACCUUGGCUGUCAGCACAGGCAUACAUACUCCUCCCAACCUACACAGUUUCCACACUUGCUUGCUGAAGCAGGAAGGAGGUUCAGGGUUUUACAAGGGGUGGAGGAAAGGAUUAUCUCUAGUAGUUCCCUAAUACUAGCAAAGUAUUACUGUUAUACCCUAAAAAAAGUUCUAAAAAACAGCCCAUGUGGGUGGUGGUGACAGCCCCAUUUCAGAGAUGAGGACACUGGGGCUCCAGGUAAUUAAAUAACUUAGAGAAAAGUAGGAAGAGUAGAAAUUGCCAAACUUGCUUUUAGAACUGUUUAUUUCUUUUUUUUUAGUGAGCAAAAAAUGCCAACAGGAAAAGGACAAAAGCGUCAUACUUUUUCAAAUUAGCUGUGUCAGCCGAUUCUGUUAAUUUUUAUUCAUAGUUCCCAAUCAGUUAAAAAAAGAUUUUCAAAUUUGUGUAAGGUCAUCUAAGAUCAAUAACAACUUGAUUGAGUUUAGCAAUGUGAAAAGGAAGAGAUUGUAGACUAAGUACUGUUCACUAAAACAGGUCUUUUUUGGGUAGGUGGGCCAUCUCAGAGGAAGGGCUAUAGUGCUCUCCUACUCCCCAGCUCCACCCCCUCCACCAGUAUCUUGUAGAGAGCAAUAAAAAGCAAAGUUUCCAAAACAACUAAAAAAAAAA